GGCGGUGGUGGUGGUGGUGGUGGUGCUUCGCUUCAAAGAUCGACCAAGGCUGUGUGCGCGAUGUCCGCCCGUUCCGCGUCCCUCGUCGGCCAGCCGGGAGAGAGCCGCGGCUCUCGGGAAACCGAUACGUGGUGCUUCCGCCGUGGCUCGCGCGCUACGCGAGCUUCUCGCCCGUGCUCGUCCGAUUUUUCUCCGUCCGUCGCGACGCCGGCAGACAACGUGUACAGAAAGUAUGUAUACACAGCGCGAUUGAAGAGAACAGACCUUCCCCUGUUAGCUCGAGGCGACCGGGCCGAGCAGAUGCAACCGGGCCGUCCUGUGUAUAUCGCGUAAGAUAGUGGUGCUAAGAAACGUCAGUUGCAGGUGGGCUCAGUUCAUGUUUCGUUUCACGAAGGAAGUCGAUUCACCGCGCCUUAUCAUCGCCGACCGAGUGUAACGGAGCAUUCCUGCGAGUUAGUAGAUGCGUGCGCCUCUCCACGCAAGGCAUUUCGAUCGACGAUACUUGCCAACCGGCCAACUUAAAACUCUCGUUUCUUUUCGGCCGAGCUUAGUGUGAAGACACGAAAACGACGCGCGAUGUGGCCGCCGAGAUUUGUAACUGCAAAGGACACGAAAUGAAUCCGACGGCCGCUGGAUUCAAUCGUAGCAAGCCGCACGAAAGAUCACAAUACGACAUAUACGUGUGCAAGAGAGGAACGUCGCAUCGUUCGUCGCAGACGCUGCAUCCUCGUCUCUGAGAGCCGUUUACUCUUUCCUGCGUCAUCUCUCAGAUAUACCGAAUAAAACAGAAGUUGAUUCGAAGAAUAAUUUGAAGAAGCAGAGGCAGAGGAAGAAGCACGAAUAGAGCAGAACGAAACGGACUAUUUUGAAAACAGAAAUUCCACCCAACGGUGAUUGUGUAACGCAUAUAACAGAUCUCUAAAAUGGCUACGAUGUCCAGUAAUGAGUAUAUGUCCGUAAGAGAAUUCUACCGGGACAGGUCGAUUUUUAUAACCGGUGGUACCGGCUUCAUGGGCAAAGUCCUAGUGGAAAAGUUACUGCGGUCGUGUCCGGAUAUCAAAAAUAUCUACCUUCUUAUGAGACCUAAAAAAAGUCAAGAUGUGCAACAGAGGUUGCAAGAACUACUAGACGCACCGCUGUUUGAAAAAUUGCGGCGAGACUUUCCGGGCGAGCUCUCGAAGAUCAUUCCUGUUGCCGGCGACGUCACAGAACCGGAAUUGGGCAUCUCGGAAACCGAUCAGAAUACGUUGAUACGGUCCGUAUCGGUAGUCUUCCACUCGGCAGCUACCGUGAAAUUUGACGAGGCUUUGAAACUCUCGGUCACCAUAAACAUGUUGGGCACCAAAAGAUUGGUCCAAUUGUGCCACCGGAUGCAUAACGUCGAGGCGCUCGUUCACGUCUCAACGGCAUAUUGCAAUUGCGACCGGAACGACGUUGCCGAGGAGAUUUAUCCUUUGGGCAAAGAACCCGAACAAGUGAUCGCUCUGACACAGUGGAUGGACGAUAAAAUGGUUGAGGAUUUGACGCCAAGUCUAAUCGCUGGCCGACCGAAUACAUACACAUUUACCAAAGCAUUAACCGAGCGAAUGCUCCAGAGGGAGAAGGGCUCCUUACCGAUAGCGAUUGUCAGGCCGUCGAUCGUAUUGUCAUCGUUCAGAGAACCAGUCGCUGGUUGGGUGGACAAUUGCAACGGACCUACGGGAAUCAUCGCUGCCGCCGGGAAAGGUUUCUUCAGAAAUAUGCUGUGUUACGAAAACAUGGUGGCCGACUUGGUGCCGGUCGACAUGGUGAUCAAUCUAAUGAUUUGCGCGGCAUGGAAAACCGCCACUCACCGCACUGACACGAUCUCUAUCUACAACUGUUGCACCGGCCAGCAAAAUCCCAUCACGUGGAAACAGUUCGUCCAGAUGUCGUUCAAAUACAGCCGGCUACAUCCGAUGAACGAUCUGGUCUGGUACCCGGGCGGCCGUUGCCAUUACUCAGCCCUUCUGCAUAAACUGUGCGUGACGAUACAGCACACGCUACCAGCGCACAUUCUAGAUAUCCUUGCCCGGCUCAAAGGCACGCGACCCGUGAUGGUUCGUCUGCAAACGAAACUCUACAAGGCCACCAAGUGCUUGGAAUACUUCAGUACGAACCAGUGGAACUUCAGGGACGACAACGUGCGACGAUUGGGCGAGCAACUCAGUCCAGAGGAUCGGGAGAUAUUUAUGUUCGACGUCAAACAGAUCGACUGGACGUCGUACUUGGAGCAUUACAUCCUGGGGAUACGACAAUUCAUCCUGAAGGAGAGUCCGGACACACUGCCAGCCGCCCGUUCACACAUUACGAAACUGUACUGGCUUCACAGAGCUAUGCAAUUCGGGAUGCUGUUAAUAAUGCUACGCGUCCUGUUGUUACGCUGUCCGGUGACGCGAGGGGCAUUCUUCUCGCUGCUGUCCAUCGUACUUCGCAUGUGCCGCAUGAUUGUUUGACGGCUGAGAACCAUCCCGGUCGACGAUCGCGAUCAGUGUAACACGAAGCGGCCGCUACCUACGGAGCGUUAUUUAAAGGUGCGAUUUGUUCUUCGACCUCAUUGCUCAGCCACCCCAGUAAAGCGCUACCUUCACAUCCAUCGAUUGGCCUUCUCGAUGUUGCUAUCCGUUAACGAGUAAGAAGUAAGUGAGCGCCGGUUAACAGGUGUGUGGUACUCUCUCGAGGAGAGGCGUCGGUUACCGAUUCGGUUUAAACAGAAUUCCGCAAGCGCAUAAAGUAACACGCCCCCGACAUAUUGCACUCAUAUAUACAUAUGUACAUAUAUGAGUGUAAUGUGAUAAUUGUAAUUAUUGUAUUACCGAAUGUUAUAUUUCUUGUUGCCCCGUGACGAAACGACCGUCUUGCGGAAUCGAUCAAGUGUUGGGUCGUCAAGUUCUAUAUAUAUUAUAUAAAUAUAUAUAUAUAUAUAUAGAAGCGAUGUGUGAGAUCGUCAUUGCGUGUUUCAUUACGCUAGAGAAUAAAGGUAAAGACGCAUCGCGCGCGUCGCCACAAUUGUUCCGUUAGCGUCAUCGUAUGUACAUCGAUACUUUGCACAACGUCAAUUUCUAACAGAUAGAAGAAGAAAAAAACAGCCAGGUUGUCACAGUGUACGCGCGAUCGACGUUGCUGAUGCGAGCACCGGUACGUUAGUCUAGCUAGUCGGUUUUUCGGCAUGUAACAACGCUCGCUAGUAACCACCAUCCUCGCAGCACGACGCAUCAAAGAAUCCGUCGUGCCUUUAUAUUGUCGGUAUCUGACAUCCUUUUCUUUUUACUCUGUGACGUAAGAUACCUAGAUAGAUAUUUUGCUACGACCGCACGACGACUCGUAGUUACGCGUACAGAAACGACAAUUGCUACGACUUAGACGUAAACAGUCACUAUAGAGAGAGAGAGAGAGAGAGAGA